UGUACUAUACACUGUAGCCACUGUCCACAGUACUGUAUGGAAAAAUGCUCUUGGAAAAGUGUACUGUACACUGUAGUCACUGUCCACAUGUACACUGUAGUCACUGUCCACAGUAUGGAAAAAUGCUCUUGGACAAGUGUACACUGUAGUCACUGUCCACAGUACUGUAUGGAAAAAAGCGCUUGGAAAAGUGUACUGUACACUGUAGUCACUGUCCACAGUAUGGAAAAAACCGCUUGGACAAGUGUACACUGUAGUCACUGUCCACAGCAUGGAAAAAUGCUUAGUAGUGAUUGUACUGUACACUGUAGUAACUGUGACCAUCACUCCAUCGUACUGUACACUGUACACUGUAGUCACUUCACUGUCCACAGCAUGGAAAAAUGCUUAGUAGUGAUUGUACUGUACACUGUAGUAACUGUGACCAUCACUCCAUCGUACUGUACACUGUACACUGUAGUCACUGUCCACUUAAGUACAGUAUGUACUGUGCACAGAGUUCAUCCUCUACAGUGUACAGUGUAC